CAAACCAGCAGCCGGCUGCAGAGUGUGGCUCUGUGGCGCUCAGGGUGAGCGAGAGUGGCAUGCCCGAGCCGCUUCGGCUAGCGGCGGUCCCGGACGCCAUCGCGCGCCUGCUGGCUGCGGCGCGGGAGCGCAUGCUGGGCAUGACGGACGAGCUGCUGCACCUGCGGGCAUUCCUGCGCUUCAGCCUGCCUCCUCCACCGCCGCAUCAGCUUACCAGGAUCACCGCGCCGCUGCCGCCGGCCCCUGUUGGCGCCGCGCGGUCUGCUGCAACGGCCGCUCCGCCUGGUCAGUCGGCUGGUGACGACGCCACGGGCUCCUUGGCGACCCUCCCACACCGCUUGUCCGCAACGCAGCUAGAGGAGGGCGGCCUGGCCGCGGCUCCGGCUACAGGAGUGGAGGGUACGGCGGCGCGCGGAGCAGAGGGCGGGGCGCCUUCAGCUCGGUUGCUGAUCAGCGGGCAGUGGCAGCACAAGCGCCAUGUGCUGCUGCUGUUGGCGCAGUUGCGGCAGGUAGAGCGGAUGGCUGCGGAGGUGGGCGCGCAGCUGGAUGCGGCGGAACGGGAUGCCGGGGCUGUCCGGACCGCGUUACAGCAGCGAGCCAACGAGCUGCAGCUGCUGACCAGCGCCAAGGCGGAGGAGCUGGCGGCGGCCCAAGCGGAGCAGCAGCAGCUGGAAGCAAGCCUGGGGCAACUGGAGCAGGAGGCUCAAGCAGUUGAUGAUUACCUCGCGCGCUGCCACGCCGCCUCGGAGGCUGCUCAGGAGCUGGAACGGGUGCUGGAGCAGCAGUUGACGGAGGCGGAGGCGCGGCACCAGCGGGCUGUAGCGGCGGUGGCUGAGGCGGCGGAGCGGGAGCAGGCGAUGAAGGCUCACCAGGCGUUGGUGGCCCAGCACACUGCUGCAGCUGCCGACGCCGUAAGGCUGCAACCGCAUCCGGGACUGGCGCAGGCGCAAGGAGCGGAGCGGCAGGGCCGCGAGCGGCUGCUGACGGCUCAGCGGCGGCUGUCGGAGGCACUACAGCUCAAGGCGGCGCUGACGGCCCACUGGCGGGACACGCAGGCGGCGGCGGGGGCUGGUUUACGCGGCGCGGCGCAGCGACGUCAUGCGGCGCGGGUGGAGGAAGCGCAGCGGCAGGUGGUGGAGGCGACCAAGGUGGUGGCGCUGGCCGAGAUGGAGGUGCAAGAGCUGCUGGUUACGGUGGAAAGCCUGUCCCGUGCUACUCACGAAGCGGAGGAUGCCGCCAGCAAAGCGCAGGCGGCCGCCGCAGCUACCGCCAGUGCACAGGCUGCCGCGGCGGCUGAGCAGCUCGCGACUGCGGCCCGGGAGGCGCGUGCCGCCGAGGAGGAGCAGCAGAACGCACGGGAGGCCGUGGCGGCGCUGCAGGUGCAGCUGCAUGGGCUGCGGAGCUCUGGUGAGGCGGAUCUGACGGCGGCGGCCGCGCAGCAGCAGGGGGUGCUGGUGGAGCCGAUGCGGGCGCGGCGGCAGCAGCUGCGAGCGGAACUGGAGGCAUGCGGCGAGCGAGCCGAGGCGGCGCAUCGGGAGCUGCAGGGUGCGCUAGCGGCGACGUCGGCGCUGUCGCAACAUGUGGAGGAUGCCGAGCGGUCGUAUCGCGAGCAGCUGCUACGGCUGCAGGUCUCAUGCCCUCAACUGGAGGAGUCGGCAACACAGCUGCGCACACGCUUGGCCGCCUACCCGGCGGAGCUAGUGCGGCAGCUGAAGCGGCUGGUGGAGCAAUCGGACGUGGAGGCAUACCAGGAUGACAGCGGUCGAUGGACCCUGCGGAACCUCCCUCCUGAAUGGGAGCGUGCGAUCCGGCCUGGCUUGCUGGCGGCUGCAGCCGUCUCAAGUGAGGACUCAGGGUCACUAUGCGGCAGCGGUAGCAGCAGCCCGCAUGGGGCGGCUCCACACCCCGACAGCCCUCCCCAACAAGAGGGCUCUCAAGGCCAGAAUGCGAGUGGCUCCAACACAGUAGGAGCCGGAAUGGGCCGCCUGCAAGCGGGGCCGAUGGAGCCUGCCGGGGUCCGCGGUGGGGUUACAGCCCCGCAGGAUGUGCCCCCUGAUGGCUCUGGCGCUGUUGCCGGUCAAGCCGUAUCAUGCGCGGGUGCGGCAACCGGGGAAUGCCAGUCUUCCAGCCUACACAACAUGUCGGUUGCGCAGUUGGCGCGGAUGGCUCGCUGCGCGCUGGGACCAGGUGCAAACCCAGCGCUAACGGCGGUCCAGGGCAGUGGCAAUGUCGUCGUCGCUCACUGCGUUGUGCUGGCGGGCGACACCGUUUUGCCACAAACAGUUGCUCAGCACGAUGGAAGUACCGGUAUAUCGUCUGGCGCUGUGGCACAGUCCUCCGCCGAGCGCCUCCCAUCACCUUGCAGUGGGGAGAACUGCCAAUCGCCGCACAGUGCAAGUGGACCAGCAGAGCGAUGCAAGGACAACCACCGGACAUCCCCUGGCACGCGGAACAGCAGCUACGUGCGCACAUCGCCCGUACUGCACCGAAGACGCAUCGUCCGCUCCCCAAGGCCCCCGGGAGGCAGCCACCGCAAGGAUGCGGCUGACGUCUCGUCCGUCGCAAUGCCGUCCCCAUGCGACGCUCUUGGAGGCGGCGGCGCUAGCGAGGUUGCGCGAAGUGGGGAAUCUCCCUCUGCGCUAGGCCCUGAGCUGCAUGCCGUGCAAUCCCACCACCUGCCGUCGUGCACUGAUUCGUCCGGGGGUGAGCCCUCGCAGCCCAUGGCUGCCGGCGAGCCGUCCUUAAGGGCCCUUGAUGCCAGAGGCGGCGGAUCCCUGGGGCCGACGAGGCACCCUGACCAGCCCGCCCUAGCGCCGUCGCACAGCCCGUUGCGCCUGUUUGAGACGGUGCUGGGUCGCUGGGUCGGCAGCAGCAGCCAUCAAGCGUAUUGGAGCAGCAGUGGAUCGACCGCCAGCCUCAGCAAGAGCGGCAGCAACGACAUGCCAGCGGGUCUGGAAGAUGGGCAGGCUGGAAACCACUCGGUCCCGCGUCCUCAUGCGAAGCAGCGCCUCGCAUCAAAACACAGUGCAUCCAAGCACAGCGCGCUGCCACAGCCGGUUCCAUGCACACAGCGCUAUGCGCCUCCCUCUUCCUUGCCGCAGCCCGCCGGUGCCUGUGCACGGGGCCAUGGAGCAGUGUUGCCUGGAAGACCAAGUCAAAGCGUCAGCGCGUCUAACGAAUCGGGGAACAGCGGAGCGCUGGGAUCGGGGCAGCAGCUGGUAACGCAAUCCGGGGCAUCCGCAGGUCACACAGCAGGGGCGGCGCACGCUAUGAAAGGCUCACGCCUGCAGCCUGCGUUGGGCCGCUCCGGCGCCUUUGCUGUACGCAACAUGGAUGACGCGGUGUGCGUCUUCCACUUGCGGAUGCUGGGUCGGCGAGCCUUGCACGCUCUUAGGAAGUACGUCAACCAGCUAGCCAUCUUCACAACCCGCCUACAACACAUCGCCCGAGAGCAGCGGCUGCGGUGGGCCCUCUCUCAGCUCCGCGCCGGCGUCAGCGAGCCACGGGCACGCGCGCAGGCCCUAGCAGAAUCCAAUGCGCUCUUCCGCUGUUACGCGCGGUGGCGCUGGUUCCUGCAGGUCCAGAGGCGGCGGCGGCGCGUUGUGCUGCUGGUGCUGCAGCGCCGCCGGGAGCGGCUGCUGCGGGGCUGCCUGCAGUGGUGGGCUGAGUGGCGCGAUGCGCAGGAGCUGAAGCAGCAAGCGGAUACCUGCGCGCGUCUGCAGCGUCUGAGGUGGCUGGUACGGCGAUGGCGGCAGGGCGCUUGGAUGCUUGCAGACGCACGGCAGCGGAAAGCGGUUGCCGAUUGCGUUUACUCCCGCGGCCUCCUGGCACGCUGUUUCGGCCGCUGGCGGCGCCAGUUGCGAGCCCGCCGCGUGCUCCACAACGUGUUCACCCGAGCGGAACUGAUGUGGGAGGAGUACGCGGACGAGCUGAGGAGCCUUGGCAACGAGUUCAGCAUGCUUCGUCGGGCCUUCGACCAGCUGCUGCGCUACACAUCCCACCGACUCAGCAAGCGCCAAGAACGCAUAAACGAGCAGGCGGCUCUGGCGUUCCGCUCUUCCCUGCUGCGGGUCCGUGCGUUCACGGCAUGGCAGGCUGCGGUGACGGCCGCCUGGCAGGAGCGCUACGUGGCUCGCAUGGCAACAAGGGCACUGCGUGCAUGGCGCCGGACCGCACACACCCAGCGUGAGCUGCCGCGCAGUCUCUGCAGCCUGCGACGGCGGCUGCGCGCCAGGGGCUUCGCUGCAGGCGAGGUUGACGUACGCCGGCAAUGGCUGAUGCGCAGCGCGCUGGCUGCCCUGGCUUCAGUCUUCGCAACACCGCGCAGGCACUACACACACUCGCUGCUGAGGCGCGCCAUGCGAGCAUUCGAGGAGGUCAUGUCACGGCAAGUUGGCCUUGUGUCAGCCCACCGCAGCCGGUGGCAACUGGAACACAGGCGGCGGACUUUGCUGCUGAGCUGGCAGGCCGCAGCCGCCGACCGCGCCUGCAAGCGGCAGGUUGUCACCGUUGCGGAGGCUCGCCGGCGCAGGCGGAUGCUUCAAUCGUGCGUCGACGCGUGGCGCGCGUUCUUCCGCCUCAGCCGCGAGAAGAAUAACCUGGCUGCCACAGCGGCGCUGCAUUACGGCUGCACGGUGACCCGCCGGGUCCUGCGCCAACUGGCGGCGUACGCAAGCAGGAUUUGGAAGGCAGCUGCCAUGCACCAUGCCGCUCGCCAGCUGCGUCGGUGUUUGGAGGCGUGGCUUGCGUUGGCUGUCAGCGUGCGGGCUCAGCGGGAGGCGCUGCGGCGCACACUAGUGGGGGCGGAUAACUGCUCCUUGUUGCUGCAGGAGCAGCAGCCCCCUAAGCAGGGUGGUGCGUAUCGCCGCCAGCAGGGCUUGAUGGGCGACCAGCGGCAGCGCCAUGCAGGGGCGCCGCAGGCGGUUACAGGCGCGCUUCUGCCGUCUUCGUCCCCGCCAGCACCUGCUGCCCUCGUGCCCUGCGAGCCAUCCCGCCGCCUCCGCGCCGACUGUGCGGUAACGGCUGCCCCGGCUGGCCUCGGGCACUGCGAGCGUGUGCUGCGUCCCGUCAGCUCUGGCUCCACGACCGCUUCCGAGGCGGCGGCCCCCACCCGGUACUUCGAGUACCGCACACAAGACCCUCACGGCGGCGCUGACAGCGUAGUCCAAGUGCUUGCGCUGGAGCCCCGGGACGGCCGGCAUGGCAGCGAAUGCGCCAUUGGGGACGAGUACGGAGCUCAGGAGGUCCAGUCCUGUGCGUUGCCCUGGCGUGUGGGGAUGCUGGGCAGGGGCUCAACCUUGCAAUCGGAACGCGGGGGUGCCGAGCAGGACGGCAUUCGAGAUUGCGGUCCCAUGCAGGGCCCACGCUGCACCACCCCCAGCGAAAUUGGAGAACCGGAAGAUCUCCUUCCUGCCAACGUGGAGAACAGCUGUUCACUAGCGUCAAGUCGGAUAGCUGCGUACGGCCUACCAGACGAUUUGAGCAGCAUGGAUGCUGCAACACGGCAACUCUGGCGCAGCUAUGCACAACAUCAGCUCGCUGCAGAGUGGUACAGGCGGCGGGUACUGCAACGUGUUCUAUCCGCAUUCCGUGGGCUUGCAUUGCGUGCACGGGGUGCGAGAGGUGGUCAUUUAGCGGGGUCAGCGGGGCCACUGCGAGCUCGAAGGAUCAGGCGGAAAUGACACAUCGUGCGUUGCAUUUUCUGUGCAUGAGCUCUUUUGCCAAGUACCGGUACUGUG